UCGAACGAGUUCAGUCAAGAAGACGACCGAACCGAGGUGUGAUGUGACGACCGAGCAGAGAAUCGUAAUUUUCUUCCCUUAUUUUCUCGAUAUAAGUUUCAGUUUUUGUUCAGUUUAGUGCAUAAAUUCACAUUUAAAGGGCUUUAGUUGCAGUUAAUUUGCUAGUUCGAGUAUUUUCACAGUAAGGAAAAAAAACUAUAAUUUAAAAUGUCGAAAGCGGCUAAAAAGGGUGAAAAAUUUCGCCUGAACGUCGUAACCGGGGACACCGACCAUGACGUGGAACUGGUGCAGGUCGAUGAGGACACCCAGGAUGCGACAGGACUCAACGUAGAUUCACUGGCCGAGGAGCACGCCGAACCCAGCAUUGUGGCAACCAAGGAUGGCCGGAUGAUUAUCGAGAUGAAACCCGGAAAAACGUGCGAAAUUUGCAGCGUUACCUUUAAAUCGGCAAAGAUCUUCAAGAAACAUAAGGCAGAAUGUCUGGAGAAAAUCAGCGAAUUCGCAGAUACUCUAGAGAAAGAGAAAAACGCUGCAAUGGUGGCUCAACCGGGCGAAGAAUUUUUCAAGUACUGCAAUCCCAAUCCAGACAAUCCGUGCUACUGCUGUGGCGAGGACGUUUCAACCGCGCACGUCGGUCACAUCAAGUGCAAGCUGUGUCCCAAAUCGUUCAAAGCGUACGACUAUCUGGAGCGACACUUGCAGGCCGUCCACUCCGAUACGAGCGCAUUCGGUUGUACGCAGUGCAAUGCCAAGUGUCCCUCGGAAAAAGUUCUCAACGAGCAUAUGAUGACGCACAGCGUGGGCAAACCGUUCUCGUGUCUGAAGUGCGGAAAAGAUUUCACCCGGAAGUACCACCUCGAGCGUCACCUGAAUCAUUCCAGCUGCGGGGAAAUUCCCAAGUAUUUGCUUCCGUGCGAAGUGUGCGGCAAGGAAUUCACCCGACUGGACAAUCUGCGGGAACAUCUGCGCUAUCACAUGGGCGAAGCCAAGCGGAAACGCGACUAUCAGUGCCCGCACUGUGAGAAGGCGUUCUAUGGUUCUUCGUUGCUCAACAUUCACAUCCGUACUCAUACUGGGGAGAAACCAUUCCCUUGUGAUCUGUGCACCAAAACCUUUCCGUCCACUGGGGCCUUGCGGAAACAUCGUCGAUCGCACACCGGCGAACGUCCUUACCGCUGCCCUGAGUGUUCGGCCACAUUUGCAGCUAAAGAGACGCUGAAUAGACAUCGGAAAACUCACACAGGUGUAAAACCGCACGAGUGCACAAUCUGCGACAAAAAGUUCAUCCAGGCGAACCAGCUUCGGACGCACAUGUUCCACCACACCGGCGAGAAUGGCUUCCAGUGUGACCAUUGUGAGCACUCUUUCAACCAGAAGUCUCGCCUGGACGAGCAUGUGCGCUUCGUGCACCUGAAGGAGGCCCCGCUGUCGUGCGAGCUUUGCCCAAAAACGUUCACCCGAAAGAAGGAUCUCAACCGGCACCACAAUACGCACAGCGCCAUGAAGGGUGAAAAACCGCACGAGUGCACAAUGUGCAACAAAAAGUUCAUCCAGGCGACCCAGCUUCGGGCGCACAUGUUCCACCACACCGGCGAGAAUGGCUUCCAGUGUGACCAUUGCGAGCAAACUUUCAACCGGAAGUCCCGUCUGGACGAGCAUGUGCGCUUCGUGCACCUGAAGGAGACGCCGCUGUCGUGCGAGCUCUGCCCAAAAACGUUCACCCGCAGGGAAGAUCUCCACCGGCACCACGAUACGCACAGCGACGUGAAGGAAUACGAAUGCACCCAAUGUGGCAAAAUGUUCGGAUCCCGGCAGGCCCUCAAGAUGCACGAACGAACUCACGCCAUUGAAGAACCGUGCAUUUGCUCCAUCUGCAAGCACAGCUUCAUUCGGCGCGAUUGCCUCAUAAGACACAUUCGCACUCGCCAUAAUGGGUGCCCGGAGGCGAUGUCGAAAGUACCACCGAAAAAGGUCCAAAGCGAAAAACAACCGCCGGAGGGGGUUCUUCUAGAAAUAGAAGAAGUCAACGAAACCACCGAAGGAGACCGCUUGGGAACUCUCCCAGAGGAGGCAGAUGAGGACGAACAAAUGCUGGAAAUCGACGGCGAAGUGUAUCAAAUUACGCCGUUAGAAGAUAUCCAAUUGGUGAAGAUCAACACCAGACGCAAGGACAUUAAGAAAGAAUCCCAGCCAGUGGAAGAGAUUCCAUUGGUGACGCCCAAGGUGGAGCCAGUUCCCAUUGAGAUUAAAAAAGUGGCAGCCAAGCCUAAACGUAGCCUGUCGGUCAAGCCUCCAGCACCGGAAAUGGUUCCACCUGAAGUUCUUCCAGCGGUGGAAUCCGUUGAAAGUGUCGUCUUCUCAGAAGAAGUGGCUCCCCCGGUAGAGAACGAGCCUCAGAAGGAAAAGAAAAAACGCAAACGUGCCGCAGAAAAUGCCUCAAUCGUAAUUCCCACAAAAAUCAAAAUCGAACAGCAAGAUCAAGACGAUUGCAUGCCAAUCUUCUUGAGCGAUGCCGUACUAAAAGAAAAGGUCAACGAACUGCUGCGUAUGUUGAUCGACGAAGAAGUCCUGGAAGAAUUUGGCUGGCCACGAGCUCCCGUGGAUCGGGUUCUCAGCCAGGUGAUCAAACGCUGCGGCCACAAGCCGGCUUCCGUGGCCGAGACCGGUGACUAUACGACGCGUAUGCGGGAAAACACCAAAAUCCUGUUCGCGCUCACGAUGGAGGACGACAGCAUCCGGAUGUUGCUGAACAAUCACACCAUCGACGAGGUGAUUAUGAGCGUCUUGAAGAGCAAGUGAACAGGCGACUCUUUUUUGUGUCCCGAGCCGUAAGUGCAAUUAAUACCUUCGUAAGGCGGAAAACUUUAUUUAAUGUUAUAUAUUUUGCAUCACUUUUUUCUAUAAAAGGGCAAUAGCCUGAAAUUGUUGCUAAGAAUCAAAUUGAAAAUAUUAAAGCUGUUUAAACAUCA